AUGACGACAAACGCCGAGUUCGCGGAGAGCCAGAGGGAGCGGAGGGAGAAGUUCCAUGAGGCGGACGUGGUCGUGGUUGGCGCGGGCGUCUUCGGAUGCGCCGCCGCCUACGCGCUCGCCAACCAGGGCCGCAGCGUCCUGCUGCUCGAGCGCUCCAUGAGCGAGCCGGACCGCAUCGUCGGCGAGCUGCUCCAGCCCGGUGGCGUGAGGUCCCUGCGCAAGCUCGGCCUCGAGAGGUGCACGGAGGGCAUCGACGCCAUCCCCUGCUACGGCUACCACGUCCUCAACUUCGACCAGGAGGUCGUAAUACCCUACUCGUACGUCGACGAGGACGGCCGCGUCCACGCCCAGUCGCACAAGAUGACCGACGGCCCCAACGGCCACCACGCAGCCGUCGCCAACGGCUCCGCCAAGAAGGCCGACCUCAAGAGGCCAGAGGGCCGCUCCUUCCACCACGGCCGCUUCAUCAUGAAGCUGCGCGAGGCCUGCCUAGCGCACCCCAACAUCACCGUCGUCGAGACCGAGGUCACGGCCACCAUCACCGGCGACGCCGGCCCGGCCGUGCUCGGCGUCGAGUCCCUCACCACCGUCGACCGCGAGACGAGGGAGAAGCGGCCGGACUACUUCUUCGGCCAGCUGACCAUCAUCGCCGACGGCUACGCCUCCAAGUUCCGCAAGCAGUACGUCGGCCGCGCGCCCGUCGUGCGCUCCAAGUUCUACGCCCUCGAGCUCAUCGACUGCCCCCUGGCCCCGGCCGGCUACGGCCACGUCGUCAUCGGCAAGGCGGCGCCCAUCCUCAUCUACCAGAUCGGCGCGCGCGAGACGCGCGCCCUCAUCGCCGUGCCCAACGACCUGCCCGCCGCCUCGCCCGCCGCCGGCGGCGUCCGCGGCUACAUCCGCAACGUCGUCCUGCCCAACCUCCCGCCCGCCGUCCGGCCCUGCUUCGAGGCCGCCCUCGCCGACGGCCGGAUCCCGCGCUCCAUGCCCAACUCGUGGCUGCCGCCCGCCCGCGACGCCAUCGGCAGCCACCCGGGCGUCGUCGUCCUCGGCGACGCCUACAACAUGCGCCACCCGCUCGGCGGCGGCGGCAUGACGGUCGCCUUCAACGACGUGCUGCUCGUCGCCGAGCUGCUCGACCCGGCGCGCGUGCCCGACCUCGGCGACGCCGACGCCGUGCGCGCCGCCCUGCGGCCCUUCCACUGGCGCCGCAAGAGCCUGUCGUCCAUCAUCAACGUGCUGGCGCAGGCGCUCUACAGCCUCUUCGAGGCCCAGGACCGGCAGCUCAUGGCCCUGCGCCGCGGCUGCUUCCGCUACUUCCAGCUCGGCGUCACCGACGAGCCCGUCGCCAUGCUCGGCGGCCUCGUCCACCAGCCGCUCAUGCUGGCGCGGCACUUCUUCACCGUCGCCUUCCUCGCCGUCUGGGUCAACGCCGUCGACGUCGUGUGCGGCGGCAACGUCGUGCUCGGCCUGCUGAGGUCGCCGCUCGUGCUGGUCGACGCCGUGCUCAUCCUGUGGAAGGCGUGCGUCGUGUUCCUGCCCGUGCUGUACCGGGAGCUGCUGUGA